GGCCUUGACUUACAAUGGGGAACUUUGAGUGGCCAUGGCAGUAUGAAUUUCCACCGUUUUUCUCAAUACAACCAAAUUUGGAAACAAGGAAAAAACAACUACAAGCUUGGUGUGAUCUAUUUUUAGCAUUUCAUAAAUACCACAGAAUAUACACAGUAGAUCUGAAAGAAGCGGCAAGCAGUGAAUUAUUCAACAAUACAAAGCUAAACCGUAAAUUGUCAGGAGAAGGAAUAUUAUUAGUCUUGGAAGAGCUUAGGCAAAAGGGAAACAUUGAAUGGACAGACAAAGCAAAAACAAGAUGCCUUGUAAUGUGGAGGACACCUGAAGAAUGGGGAAAUCUCAUUUAUAAAUGGGCAAGUAAUAAUGGAAUGAACAACUCAGUGUGUACUCUUUAUGAAAUAGCACAAGGAGAAGAUACUAGGGAUGAAGAGUUCUAUGGACUAGAAGAUUGGCUGCUGAAAAGAUCAUUGAAAUGUCUGGAAAGACAAAGGAAAGCAGAACUUAUGUCUUUUGAUGGGAACGAAGGGGUUAAAUUUUUUUAGCACUGAUAUUUAUAGAUAAAUGAAAGUAGUUGCAUUAAACAUAGUUUCAUGAGAAAGUCUGUAAAAUAAAUAAAGAUGACUUGUUGCUAUAUCAAUAUGGAUCGAGAUCUGGAAAAUCAAUUACUUACUUUCCUGCUUGGGAAUAUGAAUUCUCCAACAACAAUCUGCAAAGCAAAAUAAUAUUGGAUGAAAACGUUCAGCACUAGACCAUAUAUUUGUGGCUUUUGUUUCCGGUUGAUGUUAUUUUCCUAUGGUUGCAAUGCAAGCCAAAAUAAUCAAAAUCAGAAUGCAGAUACAUAUAACAAGCUUCAUCAUAUGAUAGUGAUAAAUAUAUCAUUAAGAACUUGAAAUACUUUCAAUAUUAUUUACUUGGAAGAUUCUUUGAGAAAUGUUUUUAAUCUAUAAUCUGGAGAUCUUAGAAAAUAAUUGUCAUCUUUUUUAUGUAUGUAAACUCAAACUUGCUCUUAUGACAUGAGAGAAUUUAGGCAGAUGAUGAAUGUAAUAAAACCUGUUUAUUUUUUAAGCUUCUGAAUGUGAGGUGAUUUCAACGAAAAAUAUUUACUGAUAGUGUUAAUUAGUGAAAAUGCAUAGAAUUUGCAUUAUUGUAUUGACUUCUUUUCAUGGAUAUAUAGUAAUUCUGGCUUCCGAUAUUGUUUUUCAAGUUCUUGCAUGCUCUUGCAAGACAGUAGGGUAUUUAUUUGUUUUAUUAUGCAAAUUUCAGUUUAUUGUUAGUUUGGUAGCUAGCUCUUCAUAUUUUGCUGAUUUCUUUUUUAUAUCCCAUUUUCUAAACUGAGAUACAGUUUAAUUGGGCCCAUUUUAUGGUUCUUGUUCUAUCAUGUGGAGAAAUUGAUAAUAUUGUGAACAUAUCAUUUAGGGCUUCCUAAAAUCAUAACCUUUGUAAAAUUUUAAGGAUCUGUUUCAUGAAAGUUUUCAGCUGUGACAAUUUCACUUAAAUAUUGUGUUUUGAUUCAAUCAGAAGCAGUGAUCUCUAAUUUUGAUUGUAGUAUUUAACUUUUUGGUACUGAAACCUUUCAUGAAUAAUUUGAGAUUCUUGGAUACAGAAAGACGUUUCAAGAUAAAUUAAUUUGUAGUAAACACUGAUGUCAUGAGAAAGUCUGUAACACCAAGAUUGAUUGUCACUAUAUAUAUCAUCUAGAUCUGGUACUUCAUAUGAACAGAUUUUUGAGAAAGUUUGAAGUCUAAACUAAACAAGAACAGCAUUAAAGUUCACCAACACAGAUUUUCACAGGAACAAAAAAUUGACUGGAAUGUCAUGAUUACUUUGCUAAUUUCCCAGCAAUUAUAUUUCUUCUAAAAUCCUUUGGCUUUGGCACCUAUUUUUAUUUAUAAAUACAGACUCUUAGGUGGUCCUUUAUUUGGAUUCUUUACAAACUCAUUUGUAGUUGUUGUUGCCCCAAUUGACAUUUGACUUCAAUGUUUAGCUUUUUGGCAAUCCUUAUUUGUUUACUGUCUCUUUAUUGAAAAAUGAAAGAAAUGAAUGUUGUCUGUUUAUCACUGUUUUGUAAAGUUAUGCAAACUUGAAAACACAUUUUCUUAUUUUACAUUCUAAUUUGAUUACAAAUUAGUGUUGUACUUUUAUGUUGCUGCUUUCCCUGUUUUGUUCAAAUCAACAUGUUGGGGGUCGACCUUUCAAAAGAAUAGACACUCUCCUUAUCAGUAGAAGUGAUAUUGAAUUAGUGCCCUCUCAUGUCUACCAUGUCCAAAGGGUAGGGAGAGUGUUUUAUAAAGAGUUUGCUCCUUAUUCCAGGGCAAGUUGGAGGAGCAAUUUUGUAGAAAAAUAAAAUCAUUUUGUACUAAUUUCCAUUCUAGUAGCAUUGAAUGGUCUGUAACUGAUCAUGCAUUUGUGUUUAAAACAUAAAAAUACCUGACUUUUGCUAUGUUGAAUAUUUUGUGUAUUAUAAGCCUAUAUUAAUAAAUGUACAUAUUAUUUUAGAACGACUCAAAAGCAGGUUUCAUUUUGCCUUUAUACAAUAA